GAAUAGGUGACAGAAGAAUCCCCUGGUUGCUGUUAUUCCUUACUGUCGUUAACAUCUGUUUUCCCCACAGUCAUCUGGUGUUGCGGUGGGUCUGGGCGGCGGGGCUGCCACCCAGUGGGUCAAUAUGGGCACUCCCUCUUCCAAUGACCAAGCUGCUUACAAUAGUUACGCAUAUCUUUGGCAUGUCCUGGGGCCCCCCCCCGUCCGUUUUAGGUUGCCUUUUGGGGGGUUCCUUCCACCCUCCCUGUUUUUCAUUCCCAGCAUUUACAAGAGCCGCCAGCAUUCUCACCUGCUUUGUUUCUUGUACCUUCUCUCUUGUGUUAUAUACACGGGUGGCAACGCUUACCAGUUCCUCCAGGGAUUUCCCUUCAGCGCCCUCAAGUCGCUGUAACCACUUUUUGAUGUCCAGGGCUGACUGAGAAAUAAAGAUAAGCCGGACCGUGGACUGUGCAUCCGCGGUCUUGGGGUCUAGGGACCUUUCCUGUGGACCUCACCAAAACGCGCCUCCAAGUGCAAGGUCAAAGCAUUGAUGCUCGCUUCCGAGAGAUCAAGUACCGGGGCAUGUUCCAUGCCUUGUUCCGCAUCUAUAAGGAGGAGGGGAUUCUGGCUCUCUAUUCUGGGAUUGCUCCUGCGUUGCUGAGACAGGCAUCUUAUGGCACCAUAAAGAUUGGCAUUUACCAGAGCCUGAAGCGGCUGUUUGUAGAUCGCUUAGAAGAUGAGACGCUGCUAAUCAACAUGAUCUGUGGGGUGGUUUCAGGGGUGAUCUCGUCCACGCUGGCCAACCCGACAGAUGUGCUGAAGAUUCGAAUGCAGGCUCAAGGCAGUUUAUUCCAGGGGGGCAUGAUUGGCAGCUUCAUCGAUAUCUACCAGCAGGAAGGCACGCGGGGGCUCUGGAGGGGUGUAGUCCCCACGGCGCAGAGAGCUGCCAUUGUGGUUGGAGUGGAGCUGCCAGUGUAUGACAUCACCAAGAAGCACCUGAUCCUCUCAGGGUUCAUGGGGGAUACGAUCCUUGCCCACUUCAUUUCCAGUUUUACAUGUGGGCUGGCCGGAGCCAUUGCCUCCAACCCAGUGGACGUGGUGCGAACGCGGAUGAUGAACCAGAGGGCAAUAGUGGGGAGUGUGGAGCUCUAUAAAGGCACACUGGAUGGUCUACUAAAGACAUGGAAGAGUGAGGGCUUCUUUGCACUCUAUAAAGGGUUCUGGCCCAACUGGCUCCGGCUUGGCCCUUGGAAUAUCAUUUUUUUUAUCACAUAUGAGCAGUUGAAGCGACUCCCGUUCUAGGGCUGCCUCCAAUCCACGAGCACAGCCUCCAAGACGUGCAGUUGGGAAUGAGCAGCCUGAAGUUGCCACCCCUUUUUUUCCCACUCAUUUCAUCUCCCUGUGUCUUGAUGUCUUGGCAUGCAUGGAUUGGGACCCGCAGUCCACUGAACAUCUGGUCCUUGGAGCACGUCCUGCCUGCAGUGGAGAGGAGGCCAGAGGAAGAGGUUGUGUGUUGUAGGGGAAGUAUUAACUGUACCAGUGUCUGGGCCUGAAGCGGUGUCUUCUGUGAAGACUAGUGUGGUGCUGUGGCCUUGCAGUACAGGUGUGGUAUGUGCUGGUUUGGCAGGUGCGCAUUGCUGUGCCCUGCCUGACGGGCGGGACAGAAGAUGGAGCUGGAAUGGGGGUGGCCAUGUUUUCCUGCAGACCUGUAACCUCAUUAAACUAUUUAUUGAUAGGGCU